CUGAUUUGGACCAAUCAGAAGAAACCACGAAAAGAGACGAACGAAAGAUGGAUUGUGGCUCUGUCAAAUAAUUAUUUUGUAUUGAAAUUGAAUUGUUGUGAAUUAGCUAUAAAGACUGCUGUAAUUAAAUUAUAGUUUAAUAAUGGACUACUUAGUGAAUAUUAACUGGAACAAAAUCACGCCAUGCCUUGUCUUAUUAGUGCUAGAAGUAAUGUUAGAAUUUUCAGAGUGUGCGACGCCGGCGGAGGUUAACAAACACCUGGAGCUGGGCCGCGACUUCUUGGCUCGGGGUCAGCUAUCAGAUGCUCUGACACACUAUCACGCCGCCGUCGAGGGGGACCCACACAACUACCUCACAUACUUCAAGCGCGGCACAGUGUACUAUGCUCUUGGGAAAGCUAAGUUUGCUCUACAAGACUUCACUAAGGUAUUGGAGAUUAAGUCUGACUUCACAGCAGCGCGCCUGCACCGAGCUAAUGUGUACCUGAAACUGGCUCAGUAUGUUGAUGCCAAAGAAGACUUCUUACAAGUUACAUAUGCAGAACCGUACAACGAGGAGGCGAUCAGCCAGUACCACAAGAUCGACGCGUACAUCGAGGACCUGCAGCUGGUGGAGGCGUACUACCGCGGCGGGGACUACCGCGCCGCCGCCGACCUCGCCACCGCGCUGCUCGACACCUCGCCCUGGUCCGCGCAUCUGCGCCAGCUCAGGGCCGAGUGCUAUAUUGGACUGAACGAUCUGUUCUCAGCGGUGUCAGACAUUAGGUCAGUGAACAGACUGCAGCAAGACUCCACAGACGGGUACUACAGACUGGCCACCUUGUUGUACCAGCUCGGACAUGUCAACGAUGCUCUUAAGGAAAUCCGAGAAUGUCUGAAGCUAGACCCGGAGCACAAGAAAUGCUUCCCGUUCUACAAGAAGGUGAAGAAGGUGGACAAGUUCCUGCUGGACUGCGAGCAGGCCAGCGAGGCGCGGGACUACGCCACUUGUGUCGCCAACGCCAACAAACUGCUGCGGGCCGAGCAAGAGGUCACGCUGGUUGUCUUCGACGGCCGGAGGUGGCUCUGUAGCUGUCUUACUAAGGACGAGCAAUGGACGGAGGCGCUGUCAGCGUGUGGGUCGGCGCUAGAGUUGCAGCGCGACGCGCGCGUCCUGUGUGACCGCGGGGACGCACUGCUCGGACUCGACAUGUUCGACGACGCUAUCCAGUCAUUUAAAGAAGCAUUAGAGUUAGAAGAAGGACUGCAACGAGCGAAGGAUGGACUGAGUCGCGCGCAGAAGUUGCAGAAAAUGUCAGAACAGAGAGAUUACUAUAAGAUAUUAGGAGUUAAGAGGUCUGCGAGUAAGCAGGAAAUAAUUAAGGCGUACCGCAAGGCGGCGCAGAAGUGGCACCCGGACAACUUCCAGGGAGACGAGAAGAAACUCGCUGAGAAGAAGUUCAUCGACAUCGCAGCCGCUAAGGAGGUGCUGACGGACCCGGAGAAGCGCGCCCAGUUCGACGCGGGCAGCGACCCGCUGGACCCGGAGUCGCAGCGCGGCGGCGGUGGACCCUUCCACAACCCCUUCCACCACUUCCAGCACGGCUCGCCCUUCCAGUUCAAGUUCCACUUUAACUGAACCCCUACUCACUACCUGGACCUGUGACGUCACGUACUCGGCCGGAACCAAACAACCACUCUGUGUAUACCACGCCGGCUCUCUGUACACACGGCUACAUAUCUAAUUAUGCAAAACCAGUAUAAACUGACCCCCGAAUAUGCGGGAAGAUCACACAAAAUGCGACCAUGAUAAACUGGUUUAGCAUAGCUCGAUAUGUAGUCGUGUGUAGUAAAUAAUGUCACACGUACAUUCUCUCCUACUUGCCCUACUUGAGACAGACACCAUAAAGUACUAUAUUUACAAUACACCUACUUGUUACUGUGAUAAAGUCCAAUAUACAUUGUUAUAACUUGUUCAGAUCAAAACAAAAGUUCUGUCGUCCACCGAAUGUACAUAUUGUAUAAUUCAAUUAUAGCUAAUUAAUAAAUUAUGAGUUUUUUAGUAUCAAGGAACUAAUCGUCAAUACAGUUGGGUGAAGCUGAGCCACCCAAGAGAAUUGGUUUUGUCGUGAAAUAACAUUACAACGCGCUGUACUGUAAUGGCCAGGUUGCUCCAAGCAAGUAUCAGGUCAGUUUACAACAUAGGAACUAUAUUAAUGUCAAUAAGUUGGGAGCAACGAUUGUUAUUACUACAUUUUGAUCUCCAAAUAUUUAAAAAAAUAAUUUAGCACAAUUUACAUCGCUAGAUAUAAUUUGAGAGAGAGAAAUUAUACUUUUGGCCCAAUCUUGGAAUGCUUUGAAGUUACUGCGUAUUAAUUAUUUGUCAAAAGUGAAAUUGGAAUGUUUUCAUACUAACUGCUUUUAACACUAAGUACAAAACGUGCAUUAUAAUACAGUUUAAUUUGAUCGUCGAAGGGUUUGUAAUACAGACUUGUACAAGUCUGCAUGUUGUUUCUGUCGCUACGCAUACGUCAACAUACAAAGUGUUUGUUCGUAUACAAAUAUACACACGUUAGUUAUUGCGGUCCGUGGUGUUGGAGCCAUUCAUUGUACGGAUGGAUGCGAACUCCGCAGGGACUACAAAUAUUUGUACAUACUGUAGCGAAAAAAAUAUGUUCUAAUUAUCGCCUAUUUUUUUCGCUGGUAGACAAUAUUAUUGUUUGUAAAUGAGAAACUUAGCUGUGGUCAGUGUAAGGUACCAAUGUAUCGUCCAAAGUCACUACAAACAGUUACAAGUGAGAUGUUUACAAACGUUGUUUCAAUACGAAUGAUAUGGAACUCUACUGCGUCAUGUGGUCGAUAAAUAAAUAUUUAUUUAUUAAUAAGUUAUUUUGUUGUGAUUUCUAUAACUUUGUAAAUAUUACAGGAAUAUAAUAAUGUAAAACGUU